AUGCCAGACGAGAACAUAGUGCUAUACCACUACGCAUAUUCUCCCUACGCGAGGAGGAUUGUAUGGUAUUUGACGCUUCGUGGCAUCCCAUACGCCGAAUGCGUUCAACCGCCGAUGAUGCCACGCCCAGACAUUGCCCGUCUGGGAAUCGAGCAUCGCCGCAUCCCGAUCCUCUCCAUUGGCAGAGACGUGUAUCUCGACAGCCGUCUUCAGCUGCAAAAGCUGGAGAACCUGAGCACUUCGGCCCCGCGGCUGGGGGCCAGGGGCGCCGACCAGCGAGCAGUCGAGCGUCUCCUGUGCAGCCUCAUGACUGACGCGGGGGUCUUCGCCUGGGCUGCCGCCCUCCUGCCAGCCGACCUACCCCUCCUCCAGGACCCAGCCUUCCAGAGGGACAGGGAAGACUACUUUGGCGAUGUGCGCACUGCCGAGGCGGAUGCCCGGGUCCAGCCCGUCGCCUUGCGCGAACUCGCCAGCGUCUUCAAGCUUCUCGAAACCACCCUCCUCGCGGACAACCGCGACUGGGUUCUCAACACGGAGAGGCCCGGUCUCGCAGACAUCGAGGCGGUGUGGCCUCUGCACUGGAUGGCCGGCAUCCCGGGCGCCCUGCCGCGGGAGAGCUUCUCCCCGAGUGCGUACCCCAAGGUGUACGCGUGGAUGGAGCGGUUCCGAGGCGCCGUCCGGGCGGCCGGGCGGAGGCUGGGGACGCCGCGGCGCCUGUCUGGGCAGGAAGCGGCCAGGCUGAUUGUCGGGUCGGCGUACCACGAGGCGGAGGGCGCGGUUGACGCGACGGACUUUGAGGUGGCGAGCUUGAGGCUGGUCAAGGGGGACAGGGUGACGGUUGGGCCGACUGAUUUCGGGAGCGGGAGGAGGGAUGUGGCCACGUUGGUGGGCAUAGACGAUGAGCAGGUGGUGUUUGAGACGAAGGGCGAGGAUGGGACUGUGAGGGUGCACGCGCCGAGGCACGGGUUCAGGCUGGGCAAGGCGGAGGCGAGGCUAUGA